CAUCUGAGUCCUAGUAGCCAGCAAUGUGCUGUGUGUGUGUCUUUUCUGUCUGAUCGUCGUCGUUCACUCAACUCCUGGCCAGAAUUCCGUGCCCGCAUCCGGAUCCCAGCUCCUUGUGUGAUCCAUAUCAUCCGCCCUCGACCCCUGACCAUCGUCUUUCGCGGUCAUCAUGGUGUUGUUGGCGGCCGCCGUGUGUACGAGAGGCGGGAAGGCUCUGUUGUCCCGGCAGUUUGUGGAGAUGACCAAAUCGCGGAUCGAGGGUCUCUUGGCCGCCUUUCCUAAACUCAUCUCCUCGUCCUCGGGUUCGACGUCAGCGAGCUCGGGCCGAGGUUCGGGUGGACCGGGCUCGUCGUCCACUAAGCAGCACACGUUUGUCGAGACCGAAUCCGUCCGAUAUGUGUAUCAACCCAUGGAGAAGAUAUACAUGUUGCUGAUUACCACCAAAACCAGUAACAUCCUCGAGGAUUUGGAAACGUUGCGACUUUUCGCUCGAGUGCUGCCCGAGUAUUGCCGAAAUAUGGACGAGGCCGAUAUCUUGGAUAACGCCUUCAAUCUCAUUUUCGCUUUCGACGAAAUCGUGGCUUUGGGAUAUCGCGAAAGCGUCAAUCUGGCUCAGAUUCGCACUUUUGUCGAGAUGGACUCGCAUGAGGAGAAAGUGUAUCAAGCCGUUCGACAAACGCAAGAGCGCGAGGCCAAGCAAAAGAUGCGCGAAAAGGCCAAAGAGCUUCACCGACAGAAGAUGGAGAUUGCCAAACGUGGCGGACGUGGAGGUCCACCCAUGUCCAGUUACGGUGGACAAGGUGGGUUCACGCCUGGUCCCAAUAUUGGGGACACGUUAUCCACGCCCGCUGAACCGCCCAAACCCACUUACAGUGCCCCAGCGAAAAAGACGACCAACUCGAAGGCCAUGAAGUUGGGCGGUAAGGCCAAGGAUGUGGACAGUUUCGUCGAUCAGCUCAUGUCUGAAGGAGUGAAUGUGAUGACGGAAAUAUCGGCCAAGCAACAGCCCGCUGCUUCGAAAGCGCCGGUUUUACCCGAAAUCCCAACAGAGAGUGUUCAUGCCAAAUUGGAAGAAAAGAUCACGGUGACCGCCAACCGCGAUGGAGGCCUGGAAUCGAUGGAAUUGUCCGGCAUCAUGACUUUGAGGAUCACUGACGACCAAUUCGGGCGAAUCAAACUUCAGCUCCAAAAUCCUACCAACAAAGGCAUCCAAAUGCAGACCCAUCCAAAUAUUGAUAAGGAACUUCUAAAAACCCGGGCCCAAAUCGGCCUCAAGAACUCGGGGAAGCCAUUCCCGCUCAGCACGGAUGUGGGUGUGCUCAAAUGGCGAUACACUACGACGGAGGAAUCCAAUAUUCCUCUUUCUAUCAAUUGUUGGCCAUCGGAUAAUGGACAGGGCGGUUGCGAUGUGAAUAUAGAAUAUGAGCUGGAGCAAGAACAACUCGAACUGAAUGACGUUGUCAUCAGCAUCCCCAUUCCACACGGGGUGAACGCCCCUGUGGUAGCCGAAUGUGAUGGUGCUUACACGUACGAAAAACGCGGUGCUCUCCUUUGGCAAUUACCUGUGAUCGAUUCCUCCAAUAAGACGGGCAGCAUGGAAUUCUCUUGUGGAGGCAAUGCCGAUGACUUCUUUCCGAUCCACGUGUCGUUUUAUUCCAAAAAGACCUAUUCGGAGAUCAAGGUCUUGGAUUGCUUGGAUGUGGAUUCCGAGGCGCCGGUGAAGUAUUCGUCCGAGACACUAUUCAUUCCGGAUAAAUAUGACAUCGUUUAGAUCAUGGCCUUCUUCGUCUUCUUUUGACCCUGUUUUGUGUACAUAAUUUAGUUAUCCACUUGAGAAGUGAGUGCAGAUUGUAUUUAUUCUACCACCAUUCGGCCGCUCUCAAGGGAGUCACCCCAUCAAACAUAGCCUCCGGUUUUGCGGUUCCCCCAGCAAUGUUGUUUUUGGACUGUUUUGUAUUUCCCCUAUGAUGCGGUUGGAACUCGGCUCACACGAAAAUUGGAUGCCCUGGAGGUACGGAAACAUCCGCAAGUUUGCGCGUGAUGGACAUAAAUCACGAAGGCGGGUCAACAUCAUCAGACACCCACUCCUAUUUUCACGAAGUGACUGAAAUAACAAAUAUUUUAUCUCAA